CAGACGUAGAAAGCUGCCAGCCAGUGUGCAAAAUCAGCGCUUACAUGGCGAAUGCGUUUCCUUUUGUUCAGCUAGCUGAUGUGUCGAAAUACAGCAGCCCGAGUGCUCAGAAAUGUAACUCAUUAAAAAUAAACAGUGACUGAAGGGACUCAUUAACGCAGGAUACCGAGCCGCGUCCAUUUAUAGACCCGCUGGAGCGACGCACAGCCAGCGACACUCGACACGUCGGCGUUUUAUCCGGCUCGCCUCGGGUUGUGUGAAUUUAUGGAAACAUGUCGAAGAAACGGGGCAGGAAGCGUAGCAGUGGAGAGCUGAGCGAAAGCUCGGCGUCGACCCUGAGCCCGGACCCUGACAACCUGCUGGGCCGCAGGAUUCAGCACACCUGGAGGGAGAAGGGCAACGUGACCAAGUGGAAAGGCACCGUUCUGGAGCGCCUUACCGUGAACAGCUCCCUCUACAUGGUCAAAUAUGACGGCUUCGACUGCGUAUACGGCAUCGAGCUCUUCAAAGAUAGUCGGGUGUCCAACCUGCAGGUGUUGACCGAGAAAGUUGUGAACAAUAAGAUCAAGGUGCCUCCCGGGGCGGAGGAGCUGGUGGGCCGAGCUGUGGAGCAUCUGUUUGAAAAGGAGGAUGGUGAGAAAAACGAGUGGCGAGGCAUGGUGCUGUCCCGAGCCCCCAUCAUGACCCACUGGUAUUACAUCACCUACGAGAAGGACCCGGUGCUGUACAUGUACCAGCUGUGGGACGACUAUAAGGACGGAGAUCUGCGCGUCCUGCCUGAAUCUGAAAACAAACAUCUGCUGCCGGCAGACAGGAAGCCAGGUGAGGAGCCAGAGAGCCUUGUGGGUAAACAGGUGGAGUACGUCACAGAUAACGGCCUGAAGAGGACGGGCUUGGUCAUCUACCAGGUCCCAGCUAAACCCACGGUGUACUACAUCAAAUAUGACGAUGACGUCCACAUCCACGUCUACGAUCUGGUGAAGACCACCUAGUACUGACUGUCCCGUUUCUUCUUCAGCUCGUGGCUCCUGUCUGACUCGACCAGUCCUUCACCCGUUAAAGUGUUACAGAUGUCAGUUUUCCUUCAGCGGGGCGGGGGCCGAUGUGCUGAAGAACAAAAGCCCUGUUUUUGUUUUUUCCUAACCUCUUGAGGUUUCUCUCAGUCUCACUUUACAAGACAUGUUGGUCUUGAUUCUUAACUUUGCGUUACCUUGAUGUAUGACUACGAGGUCGUCUUCAAUGUAAAUAGAGCAGGUCUGAGACCAGUUGUAUAGCCCAGCAGAUGAAAUGGAGCUAGACGUUCGUUUUGGUUCACUCACACUUGUAUAGUGCUACUUUCAAACUCCAAAUUCAUACUUUUUGUAAGCGACACAUCAAACUAAAUGAAUUCAGCUUUCUUACCUAUACCUCUGUGUUUUACUCGUAUUUCAUUUCACUUUUAUAUGCCUGUGUUAUUUAUUUCAUCAGGAACAUCUGGCUGUGCUGCUGGUAACAUUUUUGGCGAAACGUGUCUGCUGUGCUUCAUGUGUGUCGCUGAGGUCGGCCUCAGUUUGUUGAAUAUAGAAUUAACAUUCAUUUGACUGGUGUGCUCAUUUCACCAUCGCAUUGAACUCUGAUAGCAGUUGAAGUGUAUCGGCAUCGGGGAGACUCGACUGUCUCACAUCGUGCAUUUAAAAAAAAAAAGAUGAAGAAGAAGAAAAAACACAGAUUAUUCUUAAAAAUCAUGUAUCAUAUUUCUGUUCCGUUUUCAUGUAAGUUUUUCUACAUUAUGAUAAUAUAUGAAAAAGACUGAUGUUGAUGUCAAGUUGUUUGAGCGGUGUUUGUUCUGCACACUAUUUAUGUAGUUCCAAUCGGCCACCAACAUUCGUCUGGUAUUUCGGACUGAAGUCUGUAUUAUUUGCCAAAAAAAAAAAAAAAAUGAAUGAUGUGCUAUGAUAUUAUUCAGGCCUCAAAAUAUUGUUCAUUGUGACCCUAAGUAUGUUUUUCUUUUCUUUCUGUAAAUAUAAUCUGAGACAUUUUUAUGAACGUAAAACAAAGAUCCUUGAAAAUGA